UGUGAACUUUUGCAACAAUUUCCUGUUUCUGUCUGAGAACGGCUUCUAAUCAGGGCACAUUGGCUUCUCGAGCAUCUGAGUGGGACCACAAGGCAUGAAAGCAUGCUGGGGAGGAACUCACGAAAUGGAGUCCUUGUUUUUUGACAAAAAAACUAUGAUUCACUCUUCUGUAUCCCAACUGGACUGGGAAUGGUGAGAACCCAUAAGCAUCUGUGCCUGCCUAGCUAGAUCCAGCCAGUUCUGACCAGAACAAUGAACUGUGUCAAUUUGACAUGUGGAAUAUCUCAUGAACUAGAUAAAUAUCUGUUUCCUGUUCUCUACAGCAUUUUGAUUAUUAUCAGCAUUCCUGUUAAUUGCAUAUCCCUUUACAUAUCUUGCGGCCAAGUGAAGAAAAAGAAUGAAUUGGGCAUCUAUCUCCUGAGUUUAACUUUAGCUGACUUACUCUAUACAUUGACGCUGCCUCUGUGGAUUUAUUAUGCUCAGAACGGGGAUGACUGGAAACUUUCUGAAAACUUUUGCAUGAUCGCUGCAUUUCUCAAGCACCUGAAUUAUUAUACCAGUGCGGGAUUCCUCACAUGCAUUUCCCUGGAUAGAUACAUAGCUGUAGUGUACCCACUGAGGUUCCAUUAUUUGCGAACACGAAGAUUUGCCUUGCUUAUCUCUGCCUUAGUUUGGGGCUUCGAAAUCAUGUCAAACUAUCAGAUUUUAAAGCACAAGGAGACCACAACCAAGAUUAACCGUACUCUGUGUUACGACACAUACCCACUAGAAAAUUGGCAAGCUUGGUUCAAUUUUUACCGGAUCUGUGUGGGGUAUGCCAUCCCAUUAGUUAUCAUGGUGUUCUGCUACCAGAGGAUAUACCAAGCUGUAAAGCACAAUCAAGCAACCCAAGAAAGUGACAAGAAGAAAAUCAGCUAUUUGCUGCUGAGCAUCAUCAUCACUUUCAUCUUAUGCUUCACUCCCUAUCAUGUUGUUCUUUUAAUGCGCAGCAUCUCUGAGCCAUGUAACUGUGACUUUGCCAAGAUUAUGUUUGCCCCCUAUCGAAUCACAACAGCAUUGACAAGCUUCAAUUGUAUAGCUGAUCCAAUCCUUUAUUGCUUCGUGAGUGAGAAUGGAAGAACGGAUAUGUGGAGCUUGUUCAAGAGUGGCUGUUCUGAGAGCCAAACAGAUGAGCAUCGGUCGCAAAUGGUUCCUUUGUCCACAAGUCACAGGUGUCUGGAGAAACAGGAGAUUUGCUUAAGCCUUAAUGCAGCGCACUGCCCAAGUAAAACUGGAUGAAGGCAAAGAGGUCUCAUAUCCCCCAUAUUGUUCGGGCUGGGCCCAUACCCUCUCAACUAGCCUACGAUCAUAGACUCAUAGGAUAGCAGAGUUGGAAGGGGCCAAGAAGGGCAUGAGGAGCAAUCCCCUGCUCAAGGAAGCUCAGAGGGAAGUCUGGGGGAUGGCAGAUGACGCUGGCGUUCCUGCUAAAAAAAAUGUGCUGACACCGUAUCCCUGUGAACUCUGGCUUUUCUAAACCACUGAGUGAAUAAAAAGAUAUUCUUAGGGGAAACGAAAGCAGAAGGACUAGUACAUAAAUUGAUCGUUGUAUACUGUUAUGUCAAUUUGUCCAUUAGAACUUUGCGGGUGUUCAAGGAUAGGCUGGACGUGCACAUGGUGGGCAUGUCGUGAGCGGAGCCGGCUGGUGCCGGAGGUCAGACUAGAUGGCCCGGGAGACCCCUUCUGACUCGCUCUGUUUCUAUGUUUCUAUGUAACUUCAGCAAGGAUUUCCAAAAUGAAGAUGGCGGUAUUCCUUCUGAUCUCAGUGCUUCUGAAAUAAUUUAUAGCUGGUAAACAGAAUGAAAGCCAUGUACUUUUCUAGCAACUGAUGCUCAGAGACUGCAACUAAGGUCCCCCAGUCAGAAUUCCACUAUAUCAAAGAACGUGUCAAUUGGAGGAGGAUGUAAUAGCAGAAAAAAGUUACUAUCUUCAGUAUUUUAUUAUUUCCAUGUUUUCUGUUAUAUAUUAUACUUAAACAAAAAGGCAGAAAUAAAGGUGUUUUUUCAAAGGAGAAAAGGCACCAAACAUUUUCA